AUGCCAAUCAUUCUUCAAAAUGCCCUGGUAUCAAAUCUGUUUGUUCUUUCUCAGCUGAUCUAUUCGAAGACCGGUGACAACUUCUUUGCUCGUCUUUUGGGAUCGUGGUCUCAUGGAGGAAGUGCCAGAAGCUACCCAAUCGGAGGUCUUUGCUACUACUUGUCGCCACCAGAAUCCCUCAGACACAUCCUCGAAGACCCACUCCACUGCAUCGUCUACAUUGUCUUCAUGCUCGGAUCUUGCGCAUUCUUCUCCAAAACCUGGAUUGAUGUGUCUGGAUCUUCCGCAAGAGAUGUCGCCAAGCAGUUGAAAAGUCAAAAUAUGAUCAUGCGCGGCCACCGAGAAACUUCAACGAUCCACAAGUUGAACAAAUACAUUCCGACUGCUGCUGCUUUCGGAGGUCUUUGUAUCGGCGCACUUUCCGUCACAGCUGACUUUAUGGGCGUCAAUGGAUCGGGAACUGGAAUCCUUCUCGCUGUCACGAUCAUCUACCAAUACUUCGAGAUCUUCGUCAAGGAGCAACAGGAGAUGGGAGGCGGAGUUGCAUCCAUGUUCUUCUAA